GACUCUCUGAUGAAGCUGAAGUAUCGCGGUAGCUCAUUGGCUCGUCUUCUUGUUUAGAUCUAGGUGUACAUGAACCAGGUUUAGAUCGGAGCUGAUCUUAGUGCCCGUGUCCUGCUGGUGUCUGUGAACAUGCGUGUGUCGGGGGUAAGGUGGCGUGCGUCCUGCGUCCUGUCUCCACGAGCAUUGUUUCCGUAGCUCUGCUCCUCACUGAUCUCCGCUCGUUAGCAUCACCAUCAUCACCAUCAUCACCACCAUCCUCAUCCUCUCUACCUUUCAGCCGCGAUGCACAAGGAGGGUGACGAGGUGCGGGACGACUGCGGCUCGCGGGACGAGUGGACGCUGCUGUUCUGGACCUCCGUGGCCGUCAUCGUGCCGGUCAUCAUCACGCUGUGGUGCAGCACGCAGCGCUCCAAGCGGAAAACACACAUGAAAGACUUCUUCCGCAAGAGCAAGCACGGCUGGCACUACACGGACCUGUUCACCAAGCCCACCUACUGCUGCGUGUGCUCCCAGCACAUCCUCCACGGGGCUUUCUGCGACUGCUGCGGCGUGUGCGCCGACGAGCAAUGCCUGCGGCGGGCCGACCGCAGUCUGCAGUGUAAAGAGAUCAUGGCCCCCUGUAGUACCGGAGGAGACAUGGAGCACCGCUGGGUCCGAGGAAACGUCCCUCUCGCCAGCUACUGUGAGGUCUGCAAACAGCAGUGUGGCACCCAGCCCAAGCUCUGCGACUUCAGGUGUGUGUGGUGUCAGACCACAGUGCACGACGACUGCAUGGACAGCCUGCCGGAUGCAGACCCGUGUGAGCUGGGCGAGUUCCACAGCCUCAUCAUCCCUCCCCACUACCUCCACCGCGUCAACAAGCUGCGCCGCAGGCACCCCGACGAGUACAGCAAGCUGGCAUCUUCCUGUGGCAGUGGCUGGACUCCAGUGUUGGUCUUGGCUAACACACGUAGCGGUAACAACAUGGGGGAGGCUCUGCUGGGAGAAUUUCGCACCAUUCUGAAUCCUGUGCAGGUGUUUGACCUGUCUGAGCUGACUCCCUCUAAAGCCCUCCAGCUGUGCACCCUGCUACCCCCCGGCAGCGUGCGGGUGCUGGUGUGUGGGGGCGACGGCACAGUGGGCUGGGUGCUGGAUGCCAUCGAUACUAUGAAGCUGAAGGGCCAAGACCAGUUUAUGCCGAGGGUGACCAUCCUGCCCCUGGGGACAGGAAAUGACCUUUCCAACACUCUAGGCUGGGGUGCCGGGUAUGCUGGAGAGAUCCCCGUGGAACAGGUUCUCCGUAACAUCGUUGAUGCCGAGGUGGUCAAAAUGGACAGAUGGAAAGUGCAGGUGGCUUCAAAAGGCCUCUACUUCCGUAAACCAAAGGUUCUGUCCAUGAACAACUACUUCUCCGUGGGGCCAGACGCUCUGAUGGCGCUCAACUUCCACACACACCGCGAGAAAACGCCCUCCUUUUUCUCCAGCCGCAUCAUCAACAAGACCGUAUAUUUCCUGUAUGGCACCAAAGAUUGUUUAGUGCAGGAAUGUAAGGAUCUGGAUAAGAGGAUUGAGUUGGAGCUGGACGGGGAGAGGGUGGCCCUGCCCAGUCUGGAGGGCAUCAUCGUUUGUAACAUCGGCUACUGGGGUGGAGGCUGUAGACUCUGGGAGGGUAUGGGGGAUGAACCGUGCCCCCCCACACGGCUGGAUGAUGGUCUGCUGGAGGUGGUGGGGGUGUUUGGCUCCUUCCACUGUGCCCAGAUCCAGGUCAAGCUGGCCAAUCCUGUACGGCUGGGACAGGCUCACACUGUCAGGCUGGUUCUCAAGAGCUCAAAGAUGCCCAUGCAGGUGGACGGGGAGCCGUGGGCCCAGGGUCCCUGCACUAUCACCAUCACACACAAGACCCAGGCCCUCAUGCUGUACCACAGCGCCGAGCAGACGGACGAUGACGACGACGAAUCCAGCGCCUCUGAGACUGAGAGCCCCACCCCUCAUGACUCACCCAGGCCCCCGGGGCUGGCGUCCGCUCGCGCAUGACCCGGCCCCAGACAUCAUGUGGUCUGAAGCUCCUCUUAACUAAGUUUCUGUCUUCUUUUCUGAAGCCCAGUUUCUAUUCAUACCUCAUUUGCAAUGCCACUAAGUCAUCCUCCUCUUUGAACACACUUUUAUCCUCAAAUCACGGUGAUGAGAAGGUGUUUCAUAUGUUUUCAGAGAGCUCACAGGGGCUAAAAAAGGUCUGGAGAUGGGCUGGUUUGAUUUGUUUUUCGGUCUUUUAUCUCCACACUCCCCAUAAAUUGUAACCCAGAGCUCAGGCAGUUCCCCCUCCACAGGUGGGACAAUCAGGAGGAGGUGGAUGUUUUGGAGAACGAUUGUUGUUUAUUUGCACUGAUCCCUUGUGCCAUAGCCAUCUAUAGUCAACUUUACUGUAUGUAUUAUACUGUAUCUACAACUGAAUGCCCAGCGUAGCGCUGCAGGUAUCAGUGAACCAUUUUUAACAAGUUUCCCAGGUUUAAUUGACCAAAUCCCCUCAAAGCCAUGUCUAAAUCAGCAGCAGGUGAUGGAGCAUUAAUACAGGAUACAACUGUACUGUCACAACAGUUUGGCUGAAGGUACAUCCAAAGCUGUUUUUGCCCAUUUUGUACUCCAGAAAGAGCACAAACAAACAGCAAGUAAGUAUCUCCUGCAUUUGCAGAUAAGGCUUUGAAAUGUGUGUAUGUGUAAGCCAAAAGGUGUCUGGAUCUCGAUGGAGCAAGGGCUCUGUUACAACUGCAGUGUGUUUUCAAUCACUGGACAUGUUAGUUUGCUUACUUCAUGAUGCCCUGUCUCAAGUAGCUCGCCAAGACGCUAGACUGUACUAAGAUACAGUCUUGAAUUCAUAUUUAACUUUCCCGUAAGAGCUAUAGAGAGUAAAGUCCCUUCCCUUCCGGUGGACCCCAUAGGACCUUAUUUCAGAAAAAAUAUGUACAGUAGUCAACGGAGAGAGACAAAUAUUUUUUUUGAACCUGUCUGAAUUGUGCCAUGAAUCAUACAUCAUGAUGUUUGUCAAGGGAGGAAGAGUAAUAACUCUGGAUUCAGCUAUUAGUGCGUUUUACAACUUUUAGGACCUAAUGAUUUAAAUAAGGACUAUUCUAGUGUUUGUACUGGGAAGUCGAUUCACCUCAAAAAAAAUUAUCCGCUGAGUUACA